AUGACAGAUGAGAUCAGCAAACCUUACAUCACCUAUCGAAGAGGAGACUCAGUCUUUGGGAAAAUAAUUCGCAAGGAAAUCCCAGCCAACAUAAUUUUUGAGGAUGACCAGUGUCUUGCUUUCCAUGACAUUUGUCCUCAAGCCCCAACUCAUUUCCUAGUGAUACCGAAGAAACCCAUUCCCCAGAUAGCUGUAGCAGAGGAAGAUGAUGAAAGUCUUCUUGGACACUUAAUAAUUGUUGCCAAGAAAUGUGCAAGCGCCCUGGGCCUGAAGAAGGGAUACCGGAUGGUGAUGAAUGAAGGCACAGAUGGGGGGCAGACUAUCUUUCAUAUUCACCUUCAUGUACUUGGAGGCCGUCAGAUGAAAUGGCCACCUGGAUAAAUUGGUUGUAUAGGGAAGAAUCUCCCCUUCUCUAGGCAGU